GCGGAGCCGCAGCAUCGAGCCAGUGCGAGAACACUAAGAAACCUCAAUUACCCCGAGUCUCGUCUACAGAUACACACCUGAAGGCCGCAGAGGACCCACGAGGAUUUAUAAACCAGGAGAAAUACAGUGACAGCUUCUUUGUAGAAACAGAAGAAAAAAACUUCAUCAUACAGCUUCGCUUCUGCAAGUGUGCUUAGACUUUGCGUAGCUCUGUGACAGAUGCGGGCAGCUACACCUUAAUGACAAAUUAUGAUUAGUGACUGAUUUCAACUGAGCAAGAUUUUGUCCGCGAAGGUCACUGAUUUAAUGAAGAAUGUGUCCGCUGUGCUUGUGUAAGCCUAUCUGUCAGUACCUCUGACCUUUUUGUGGAUUUCUUUGAAAUCUCUGGACUUGGUUGCUUAAUUUGUAGAUCGUCGGCUCUUAUUAACGGAUCUUACUUGAAGAGUUUUCACCUCCAUCCAACAUGCGACCCAUCCCAUCCCGGCUCAGCUAUGCGUUUCUGCACUUAUUUGCAUUGUUCUACUAUGCUCAGGUAACCAAUCAGUCCCCGCCUAAUUUCACGCAGCAUGUAAGCGAACAGAGCAAAGUGACGGACCGCAUGAGCCGCAGGCUGAUCCGGAUAUAUCAGCUUUACAGCCGGACCAGCGGCAAGCAUGUGCAGGUCCUGCCCAACAAGAAGAUCAACGCCAUGGCCGAGGAUGGAGAUUUAUACGCUAAACUCAUUGUGGAAACGGACACAUUUGGGAGUCGAGUGCGCAUCAGGGGAGCUGAGACUGGCCUCUACAUCUGCAUGAACAAGAGAGGGAAGCUCAUUGGCAAGAAAAACGGACAAGGCCGUGACUGUAUCUUCACUGAAAUCGUUCUGGAGAACAACUACACAGCACUGAAGAAUGCCCGCUAUGAGGGCUGGUAUAUGGCCUUCACCCGUCGCGGGCGGCCACGGAAGGGCUCACGGACACGCCAGCACCAGCGUGAAGUCCAUUUCAUGAAGAGGCUGCCGAAGGGGCAGCAGCCCACCCAUCCAAGCCACCACCGGCCUUUUGACUUCAUCCACUAUCCUUUCAAUCAAAGGACUAAGCGUACACGAUACUCAUCAGAGAGCUGAGGAGGAAAAUAGAAACGUCAACGAGAGAAAAAGGAGAAACUAACUGAAUUACAGCGGACACAUUCCUCUUCCCCAAAAACCUC